AUGGCCCGCAAAUACUCGGAAAAGCCCGUUGAGCUUCGAAGAACGGCGCCCAAACCUGCUUCCAGCCGUGGCGAGUCCUAUGAUCCCGAAAUACGAUUUCUCGAAAAGGCCGACAUCAGGCUUCCAACCCCUCCCAAGACGGCCAGUCCCGAUGACCCUUAUGCUCAUCUCUCAGACCACGCCGCCGACAUACUCAAGAAACAGGUCGACAUCCCUACCCUCACCAAGGGCGCUGGCGUCCUUUAUCGCUACGCAUCCCGCAACGACAAGAUUAUCAUUGCCGUUUCCGCCAUCUGCGCAGUUGCCUCGGGCGCUGCUCUUCCUCUCAUGACCGUCGUUUUUGGAAACCUCCAGCGUGUCUUCCGCGAUUUCUUUUUUGGUACCGCCAUGAGCUACGACGACUUUGUCGGCGAGUUGACCAAAUUCGUCAUUUACUUCGUUUACCUUGGCGUCGGCGAAUUCAUUGUUACUUACAUUUGCACCGUCGGCUUCAUCUAUACCGGCGAGCACAUCUCUGCCAAGAUUCGUGAGCACUAUCUCGAGGCUUGCAUGCGACAAAACAUUGGCUACUUUGACAAGCUUGGUGCCGGCGAGGUCACCACCCGUAUUACCGCCGAUACCAAUCUCAUCCAAGACGGUCUCUCCGAAAAGGUCUCCCUCACCAUUGCUGCCCUUGCUACCUUUAUUACCGCUUUCGUCAUUGCUUUUAUCAAUUACUGGAAGCUCACACUCAUCCUCACCGCCACCGUUUUUGCCCUUGUUCUCGUCAUGGGCAUCGGCUCCAGCUUCAUGCUCAAGCACAACAAGGCUUCGCUUGAAUCUUACGCCGAGGGUGGAACCAUUGCCGAAGAAGUUUUCAGCUCCGUUCGUAAUGCCAUUGCUUUUGGCACCCAGGAGCGCCUCGCCAAGAAAUAUGACAAGCACCUCGCCCAGGCCGAGUACUUUGGUUUUCGCGUCAAGAGCUCCAUGGCCAUUAUGCUCGGUGGCAUGAUGCUCGUCCUCUUCCUCACCUAUGGUCUCGCUUUCUGGCAGGGCAGCAAGUUCAUUGUUGAAGGCGUCGUCCCCCUUAAUAAGAUUCUUACCAUCAUGAUGUCCGUCAUGAUUGGUGCCUUCCAGCUCGGCAACGUCGCCCCUAACCUGCAGGCUUUUACCACUGCCGUUGCCGCUGCGGCCAAGAUCUUCAACACUAUUGACCGCGCCUCUCCUCUUGACCCCUCCAGCGAGGAGGGCGCCAGAAUUGACAACCUCAUGGGCAACAUUCGUCUCCAACACGUUUCUCACAUCUACCCCUCCCGCCCCGAGGUCCGUGUAAUGUCCAACGUUAGCCUCAGCAUACCCGCUGGAAAGACGACUGCGCUUGUCGGCGCUUCUGGCUCUGGAAAGAGUACGAUUGUUGGCCUUGUUGAGCGCUUCUACCUUCCAGUUCAGGGGGCACUUUACCUCGACGGCGUAGACAUGUCGACCCUCAAUCUCAAGUGGCUCCGUCAGCAAAUGGCCCUCGUCAGCCAGGAACCCACCCUUUUCGGAACGACCAUUUACAAGAAUAUCGGCCACGGUCUGAUUGGAACGCGUGCCGAGCACGAGUCCGAGGAAAGACGACGCCACCUCAUUAUCGAGGCCGCCAAGAUGGCCAACGCCCACGACUUCAUUUCUGCUCUCCCCGAGGGCUACGAUACCAAUGUUGGUGAACGCGGGUUUCUUCUUUCCGGUGGCCAGAAGCAGCGCAUUGCCAUUGCCCGUGCCGUUGUCUCUGAUCCCAAGAUUCUUCUGCUCGACGAAGCCACCUCUGCUCUUGAUACCAAGUCGGAAGGUGUUGUUCAGGCGGCCCUUGAAAAGGCCGCUGCCGGUCGAACCACCAUCACCAUUGCCCAUCGUCUGUCCACUAUCAAAGACGCUCAUAAUAUUGUCGUCAUGUCUCAAGGCAAAAUCGUCGAGCAAGGCAACCACGAUGAUCUCAUUGAGAAGAAAGGCGCCUACUUCAAUCUCGUCGCCGCCCAGAACAUUGCCGCUACUGAAGAGCUCACUGCUGAGGAGCAGGCUCAGCUUGAAGAGGAAGAACUGGCACUCAUUCGCAGAAAGUCCACACGCGGCGACUUCAACUAUGAUGCCGACUCCAUGCGCAGAAAGUCCACACGCGGUGACUUCAACUAUGAUACCGACUUCAUGCGCAGAAAGUCCACACGCGGCGACUUCAACUAUGAUGCCAACUUCAUGCGCAGACAAUCCACACGUGACUCCAUCUACAGUACCGACCCCGACGAUCAUAUUGCCGCCAGGCUGAAGCGAGGCUCUACCCAAAGGUCCGUCUCGAGUAUGGUUCUGCAGACCACGGCGACAGGUGACGGCCAGAAAAAGGAUGGCCUUGGAACCCUGAUCAUGCUCAUUGCCUCAUUCAAUCGACCGGAGUGGAAGCUUAUGCUCCUUGGAUGUGCCUUUAGCAUCAUCUGCGGUGGCGGUAACCCAACCUCUGCGGUCUUCUUCGCCAAGCAAAUCACCACGCUCUCCGUGCCCAUAACCCCCAUCAACCGUGACCAAGUCAAGCAUGACUCGGACUUUUGGAGCUCCAUGUUCCUCAUGCUGGCCUUUUCUCAACUCAUUGCCUUUGGUGGUCAAGGUGUUGCUUUCGCCGUCUGCUCUGAGCGCCUCGUCCAUCGUGUUCGUGACCGUGCAUUUCGGGCCAUACUUCGCCAAGAUGUCGCCUUCUUUGAUAAUGAGGAGAACACUGCCGGUGCCUUGACCUCAUUCCUCUCUACUGAAACCACUCAUGUUGCUGGCAUCAGCGGCGUGACCCUGGGCACGAUUCUGCUCACUGCUACCACCUUGAUUGCUGCCUGUGCCGUCUCCCUCGCCAUUGGAUGGAAGCUCUCACUCGUCUGCAUCUCCACGAUUCCUAUUCUUUUAGGAUGCGGUUUCUUUCGUUUCUGGCUUCUUGCCCACUUCCAGCGGCGGUCCAAGGCUGCUUAUGCGGCCUCUGCUUCGUAUGCCUCGGAAGCCAUCUCUGGCAUACGCACCGUUGCGUCACUCACUCGCGAAAAAGACGUUCUGGCUAUUUAUCAGAAAUCUCUUGCCGCGCAGCAGCGUCGCAGUUUGAUUUCAGUUGCCAAGUCUAGUGCUCUUUACGCUGCCUCUCAGUCACUCGUGUUCCUCUGUCUUGCUCUUGGUUUCUGGUAUGGCGGUACGCUCAUUGGCAAGCACGAGUACAGCAUGUUUCAGUUCUUCCUGUGCUUCAUGUCCAUCGUCUUUGGCGCCCAGUCUGCUGGCACCGUAUUCUCGUUCGCCCCAGACAUGGGUAAGGCGCACGGCGCUGCUCAGGAGCUCAAGACUCUAUUUGACCGCAAACCUUGUAUUGAUACUUGGUCUAAUGAAGGGCAGCCCAUUACUCGGGUCAAAGGCACUCUGGAAUUCCGCGACGUGCACUUCCGCUACCCUACCCGCCCUGAGCAGCCCGUCCUGCGUGGCCUUAACCUAACAGUCCGCCCUGGUCAAUAUAUUGCACUCGUGGGCGCGUCUGGAUGUGGUAAGAGUACCACGAUUGCGCUGCUUGAGCGUUUCUACGACCCUCUCGCCGGCGGUAUUUAUGUCGACGGCAGAGAAAUCAGUACUCUCAAUGUCAACGAUUACCGAUCCUUUAUUGCCCUCGUUAGCCAGGAGCCUACUCUAUACCAGGGUACGAUAAAGGAGAAUAUCCUUCUCGGCACCACCCGUGAAGACGUAUCCGACGCAGAGCUGAAGCAUGUAUGCCGUGAAGCCAACAUCUACGACUUUAUCAUCUCGCUGCCCGAUGGAUUCAACACGACGGUGGGUAGCAAAGGUACUCUACUGUCUGGUGGCCAGAAGCAGCGUAUCGCUAUUGCCCGUGCUCUGAUCCGCGACCCCAAGAUUCUGCUCCUCGACGAGGCGACAUCGGCGCUCGACUCAGAGUCGGAAAAGGUUGUGCAGGCUGCUUUGGACAGGGCGGCUAAGGGUCGUACCACCAUUGCAGUCGCACAUCGUCUCAGCACCAUUCAGAAGGCGGACAUUAUUUACGUGUUUGACCAGGGUCGCAUUGUUGAGCAGGGCCCUCACUCGGAGCUGAUGCGUAAGAACGGUCGUUACGCGGAGCUUGUCAACUUGCAGAGUCUUGCCAAGAACGGCUAA